UAUUUUUUUUAUGUGAGUACUAAUAUUAAGAAGAAAAUAUCUAAAUUAUUAUCAGUAAAAUAAUACACAAAUAUAUAUUUAUAUAUUAAAUUUUUUUUAUUUUCUUUUUUUUUUUUAUAUUUUUUUUUUUUUAAUUUUUUUUAAUUAUUUUUCAUUUUUCAUUUUUUUUUUUUUUUUUUUUUAUUAAAUUAAAAAUAAACUUUUUUAUUACUUUUUUUUUGUUUUUUGUUUUUUGUUUUCUGUUUUUAUUUAUUUUUGUAAAUAAUGGUACAAUCACCAAAUCAACAACAACAACCACAAACAAUACCUCAACAAAAUGUACAAUCACCAAUACCCCAAAAUAUAAAUAGUCCAAGAGUUGCACAACCAAUACCGCAACAACAACCAAAUACAAUUACUUCACCUAUUUCAACAGGCACCAUUGUUGGGAAUGUAACGCAAUCCAUUGCACCACCAUUACCCACAUCCUCUCUAUUAUCUCUAAACUUAAUAUCAAUUGAAAAUAAAGCUAUUCAAUUACAACAAUUAAAUCGUGAUAUACAUCAAUUGGUUAAAUUAAUAACACCACCAAAUAAUAAUAGUAAUAACAACAAUAAAAACAAUACAUCAUCACAACAACCAGAUUUGGCAGAAUAUAAUAAAAAUGUACAAUUAUUAAACCAAUAUCAAAUAAAAGUUCAAAAUAUAAUCAAACAAAUUCAACAGGAUUUAAAUAACCCAAAUUUACAACUCUACUUUUUAACACCUGUUUUAAAUGAUGAGCAUCAACAAGACUCUUUAUUUUAUGACCCAUACUAUCCUCCAACUGCAGAACAACUUCAACAACAACAGCAACAACCAAAACCCAUCGAAAUAGAUUCAGAACAAGAUCCAAUGCAAGUAGAAACAGCCUCUACAGCACCUGAAACAUUAGAACAACAUAACCAAAGAAUGUUCUUAGAAAAGUUUAAAAGACAACUAUCACCAGAAACUAUUAAUAAACAACUACAAGAGUGGGACUCUGUCUUCAAAGAUCGUGAAAAGCUAAACAAAAACUCUGAUAGAGUUAAAAUAUCAAUUUUUAAAUAAACUAUAAAACUAACCAAACAAAUAUAAAAAUAAAAAUUUUAUUUAAACAAUAUUAUAUAUUUAUU